UUUCAUGCAUCCACUUUCUAGUGACCAAAGAUGGAAUAAUCUAAAAGCCGGUGUCAAUGGAGUUGAUUCAAGAUUUAAACUUUGUGGUACAAAGAGAAAGGCAGAGGGAUCGUUUCAUACGGGUACUCCUACAUUUUUGGAAAAUCCAUUCUGUGCCCAUGACAAUGUUCACGCACAUACCAACGUUAAAGAAACAAACUUUGGUCAAGAUCUUUCAAUGUCUCCGUUUUACGACCAAUGUUAUUCAUCUGUUUUAGACAAUCCCGCCUCUUCCCCUUCGAACCUACUUAAACUUUCUAACAAUCCCUUUGGUCAAAGAAAGAUGCAACGGACACUGAGCAUGCCUCAAACCACUGUGGGUGAUAACAGUCUGUUAGAUGGAGUAGAUGUGACCAUCCGUCGUGUUAACAGUACCAAUAGCUUUCCCAAGCUUCGGUUUAGGGACCACGUCUGGACUUACACCCAAAGGUACUUAGCUGCAGAAGCAAUCGAAGAUGCAAUCUUGGAAACCGGACCCACAAAACAUGAGGGAAAUGUGGAUGGGAUGCAUCUUGUUCAGUUACUAAUCUCAUGUGCUGAAGCCGUUGCGUGUCGUGAUAAAGCACAUGCUUCAAAUUUAUUAGUCGAGCUUCGAGCCAAUGCACUUGUUUUCGGUUCAUCUUUCCAGAGGGUGGCAUCUUGCUUUAUGCAGGCACUCACAGACCGGAUAGCGUUGGUGAAACCCCUUGGGGCGGUUGGAUUGGUGACCCCAGCACCAAACUUAAAUUCCAUUGGCUCGGAGAAAAAGGAAGAGGCUUUACGACUAGUUUAUGAAGUUUGUCCUCAUAUUCAGUUUGGUCAUUUUGUUGCUAACUUAACAAUAUUGGAAGCCUUUGAGGGAGAGAAGUUUGUUCAUGUUGUUGACCUUGGGAUGACUCUUGGUUUGCCACAUGGACGUCAAUGGCGUAGCUUGUUAGAGAGCCUGGCUAACCAUCACGGCCAGUCUUUGCGCCGCAUCAGGAUCACUGCAGUUGGACCAUGUGUUAACCGCUUCCAUAUCAUCGGAGACGAGCUGGAGGCUUAUGCGCACGAACUUGGCAUAAACUUGGAAUUUUCACAUGUGGAAAGCAGCUUGGAAACCCUUAAGCCCGAAGACAUUAAAACUUAUGAAAACGAAGUUUUAGUAGUAAACAGCAUUCUCCAACUUCACUGCGUGGUGAAAGAGAGCCGGGGUGCUCUAAACUCGGUUUUAAAAAUAAUCCACGAAUUGUCCCCAAAAGUUUUAGUCCUUGUUGAGCAGGAUUCGAGCCAUAACGGGCCUUUCUUCCUGGGGAGGUUUAUGGAAGCACUGUAUUAUUACUCAGCCAUAUUUGAUGCCCUUGAUGCAAUGCUGCCUAAAUAUGACACUAGAAGAGCAAAAGUUGAACAGUUUUACUUUGCCGAAGAAAUCAAGAAUAUUGUCAGUUGUGAGGGGCCAAGCAGGGUGGAAAGGCAUGAGAGGUUGGACCAAUGGCGGAGGAGGAUGAGCCGGGCAGGGUUCCAGGCUGCACCGGUUAAGUUGGUGGCUCAGGCUAAGCAAUGGCUGGCUGAGCUCAAAGUUUGUGAAGGCUAUACAAUUGUGGAAGAAAAGGGUUCAUUGGUGCUUGGAUGGAAAUCAAAGCCCAUUGUGGCUGCUUCUUGCUGGAAAUGUUAAAUUUUCUUUCCUAUUUGAAUGGUUACAAUGUAACCUUCAGUUAGCGCCAAUUUUAGCGUGUGAGGGCAUUGCUGUUGUGAGUAUGAGAUGAAUAAAGAUUCUGAGUGUGGAUGUGUCCUGAGUGUUGGGAAAAAUAAAAUCUGGUACGAACAUGUUCCAUGAAA